AUGGCUGCCCCAAAGCGGAUCCUGGUAAUCGCUGGUUCAGACAGCUCAGGAGGGGCUGGUCUUGAAGCUGAUCAAAAGGUCAUUGCUGCACAUGGCUGUUAUGCGAUGACUGCUACGACGGCUCUCACCGCGCAGAACACACUUGGCGUGCAAGGCAUCCACCAUACUCCGCCUGCGUUUCUGAAGAAGCAACUAGAUGCUGUUUGCGAUGAUGUUGGAGUUGACGUUGUCAAGACAGGCAUGCUUGCAUCGGCAGAAGCUAUCGAGAUUGUUGCGGAUACAUUUCAACGGUACAACGUCGUCACGAGUGUUGUAGACCCUGUCAUGGUAUCAACAUCUGGCGCCCAUUUGCUACCCGAGUCGGCGAUCUCAACAUUGAUUGACAAGCUGUUACCUCUUACUACAAUCCUUACUCCUAAUCUGCCAGAGGCUGAACUGCUCCUGAAAGUCGCAGGACUGGACAUAAAGCAUCCUGAGAAUGUUGAUGAUAUCGUGAACAUCGCCAAAAACAUUCAGCAGUUGGGACCCAAGUAUGUGCUGUUGAAGGGUGGGCAUCUACCACUUACAAAGAGACAUUUAGUGAGCAAAGGUGAAGAAGAGAAGGAAGUUGUGCUGAAUGUGUUGGUCGGCGAAGAUGUAGUGACCCUGAUGGAGAGUGAGUACCUACACAGCAGGAACACUCAUGGAACAGGAUGUUCGCUGGCAUCCGCUAUUGCGUGUAACCUUGCGUCCGGCAUGAACAUAAUGAAAGCUGUCAGCAAAGCCAAUCGCUAUAUCGAGGCUGGCAUAAAGACAAGUGUAGACCUAGGUAAAGGGAGUGGACCGAUCAACCAUUUCCAUUCGACCUACACACUUCCGUUCUCUCAAGGUGGCUUCAUUCAGUACCUGCUUGAUCGCGACGACAUUCAGAAGCCAUGGAAAGAGUACACUGAACAUGAGUUCGUGCAGAAGAUGGGUGAUGGAUCGCUCCCCGUCGAAAACUACAAGUACUAUCUGAUUCAGGACUAUCUGUUUCUGGUUCAAUUCGCACGAGCUACGGCUCUGGGUGCUUACAAGUCUAGUUCGCUGACUGACAUUGGUCGAUCAGUUCAACAGGUUGUCACACUGCAAGAAGAAAUCAAACUACACAUUGACUUCUGCAAGGAGCAGGGCUUAUCAGUCAAAGACAUCGAAAGCCAAGAGGAGGACCAGGCAACGACUGCCUACACAAGGUAUGUUUUGGAUAUCGGCCAAUCCCAAGACUGGCUUGCACUUCAAGUUGCGCUGCUACCCUGUUUGAUUGGGUACGGUAUCAUCGCAAAACGCCUCUUCGACGACACUACAACGUUGAAGGAGGGAAGAUACUGGACGUGGAUCCAGCAGUAUGUGGAUGAAGAGUACAAAGAGGCUAUGGCAAGAGGCUCUGCGUUGAUCGAGGAGCACGCUAGCAAGCAAUCGCUUUCGCGGCUCGACGAACUGGCUCGGAUUUUCAUUCAUGCAACAAAUAUGGAAAGGGGGUUCUGGGAUAUGGGUAUGAAAGCCGGGAAAUAA